AUGGAUGAACACGAUCACGACGAUGCUGGGCAGGGUCCCUCUAGCAACGAUACCUUUGGCCAGUUCUCAUUUGCUCCCGCGACUCGAACCACUGUGGUGACCACUACCACCACCACAACAACCUCAUUCCCACCUCUCCUCAUCAAACCCCCGCGCGCCACAAAGGAUCUGGACGCGAGAUUAUAUCCCCUCGCCUCUACACCAACUCCAGCGAACUUGAGGAAUCUUCGGUUCAAACUUGGGGACCAGUCGAUCGUAUUCAAUGAACCGAACGAUACUAAUGCAGCUUUCACCGAGCUGAAUGAGAAGAACGAUGCUCUCAAGUCUUCCAACGGUUUGAUCCGCUCUGUGAACUCAUUUAUCACCGAAGAUGAUAGUGCUUCCCGACGGCUGACAGCCCCACGAUCGGUCGCUCGGAUCAAUCAUCCUAAUCCUCAACGCCGACCCGUCUCCCCUGUCUCGAUUCCGGAUCCUCGCCCAACCGUCCUUCCUCGGACACGUGCAAAUCGAGUCCCGUCGGAGCCUGUUGCGCGACGUACCCGUCACUAUGCAUCGACAUCCACCCAUCUGUCUCCUGCCGGUCUAGCCACUCCGGAAAUUGAACACAAUAUUGGGAGUUUGGGCGAGGGACAGGCCUCGAAACAGCGAGUGCAAAGUGCAAACUUCCCUCGCAGGGAGACCCUGUUGCGGUCGCCGUUGUCCGCCGAGGUUGGCCCGUCCGACACUGGUGCCCAGAAACUCUUGGAAGACCUGGCUCAAAGACCAGAGCCACAGAUCACCAAAUCGUCGGACGCAAAUGCGGCAGUCACGUCAAAUCCAAGCUCCUUCGGCCAGACUGUAUCAUUUGCUUCUACCGAAAGUUCGUCACAGCGGAGGCCCGAUCUGACGGCUCAGCUCUCGGCUAUUGACAAUGCCCUGGCGCAAGAUAUGUGCCUACCCAGUCCCAGCCUGUCUCCGGUUGCCGCCAUGAAUGCACUGCACGGCGAGUCCUCUUUCGACUCCGAGGGACCGGAUGUUGACACGGAUUCCAGCUUGGAUCACAAUGUUCCACGCUACUCAAAAGCUGUGCGCCUGCUUGAUACGGAUGUUUCUCGGGUCCGGGUCAAGAGUCUCGCUGCUGCUCAAACGUCACGGUCUCCGCCAUCUUUGAUGGAUAUGCCCAAGGUGCUCGAAUUUUUCGACUCUGUGCCAGACGAGCUAAAAAGUUAUAUGAUGUACCAGUUCUUGAGACGAUGCCCUAAACCCACUCUACACUUCGUGGCAGAUGUCGUGAACCCAACGCUGAAGUGUGAUUUCUUGACAAUGCUCCCUCUUGAACUCAGCCUAAAUAUCGUCAAGUAUUUUGAUGUUCAAACCAUGUGUCGUGCAUCGCAGGUUUCAAAGAAAUGGCGCCAUAUUGUCAGCUCUGAUGAGAAGACGUGGAAGGACCUCCUUGAUCGCGAUGGUUAUGCUCUGUCCGAGGGCGAGCUGGAGCGAGCUAUCCGAGAAGGCUGGGGCUGGCAGUGCAGCAGCGCUGAUGAUUUUGAAAGAGACCUCAGCAAGCAGUACUCUGCUAGAGCUGACCAAGAGUCCUCUCCCGUUGCUUCCUCUUCCCACCCCCAGGAGAGAGCGCCAUUGGCAUCCUUGACUCCAAAUCGACGCCCCAAGCGCAAGGCAAACACUCGCGCUUCGAGUCGCAAGCUAGCUAAGCGCAAGAUCUCGUCCAGUGGCACUGAUCACUCUGAACCUGAUUGGAAGAGGGAUAUUGCGGCAUCGGAGGCUCCAUAUGCCGCCGCCAACGCUGCCGCUACUGCUAUCCCUUAUCCUGAUGUCGGCAUGCCCACCCUCCGUGGUCUCUAUCUUUACAAGGCCCUGUAUCGCCGGCAUCAUGCUAUCCGUCGGGGAUGGAUGAAGCCUGAAGUCAAGCCUCAACACCUCGCUUUCCGUGCUCACGACCGUCACGUUGUUACUUGUCUGCAGUUUGACACGGACAAGAUUCUGACUGGAAGUGAUGACACUAAUAUCAACGUUUACGACACCAAGACUGGUGCGCUGAAAGCCACGCUGGAGGGCCACGAGGGCGGAGUCUGGGCCCUUGAAUAUCACGGAAACACGCUGGUAUCGGGCUCCACCGAUCGAUCCGUUCGUGUGUGGGACAUUGAGCGUGCUAGGUGUACCCAGGUCUUCAAUGGUCAUACGUCUACUGUGCGCUGCUUGCAGAUUGUCUUGCCCACAGAGGUGGGUAAGGACGCUAAUGGCCGUCCAGAGAUCAUGCCCAAGGUUCCUCUCAUCAUUACCGGAUCUCGUGAUUCGAAUCUGCGCGUGUGGAAGCUUCCGAAACCGGGCGACCCCUCGUAUUACCCUAACGGGCCUCUGGCGGACGAUACCGACUGUCCUUACUUCGUGCGUGUAUUGUCGGGACACAGCCACUCUGUUCGGGCGAUUGCAGCCCACGGCGACACACUUGUCAGUGGAAGUUACGACUGCACAGUUAGGGUUUGGAAGAUCUCCACCGGCCAGGUUCUUCAUACCCUCCAGGGCCACUCCUUGAAGGUUUACAGCGUCGUUUUGGACCACAAACGUAACCGCUGCAUCAGCGGUGCAAUGGACCACAUGGUCAAGGUUUGGUCAUUGGAUGAUGGAUCUCUGCUACACAAUCUCGAAGGCCAUACCUCUUUGGUUGGUCUACUUUCUUUGCAGAGUGAUUAUCUCGUUUCUGCCGCGGCAGAUUCUACCCUUCGCAUCUGGGAUCCUGAGCACGGUCACUGCAAGAACAUGUUGAGUGCACACACCGGUGCUAUCACCUGCUUCCAGCAUGACGGGCAGAAGGUCAUCUCCGGAUCGGAUCGAACCUUGAAGAUGUGGGAUGUCAGCACCGGAGCGUGUGUGCGAGACCUUCUCACCGAUUUGAGCGGGGUGUGGCAAGUCAAAUUCAAUGACCGGCGAUGUGUCGCUGCCGUGCAGCGCGAGAGUCUGACUUAUAUCGAGGUUCUUGAUUUCGGUGCUGCGCGAGACGGUGUCCCUGAAAACAAACUCGGCAAACGCAUUGUUGUCAAUCGUCGUGGACGAGAGAUUGCCACCAGCAACGUCGACUCGGACUCCGACUCCGACUGA